AUGUUGGUCUUUGGUUCACUAUUCAAUUCUUUGCCCAAUGGAACCUUUAGUUUUGAACGAAAUUUGCUAGGCGAAGAUAGUUGUAAAGUCAAAGAACUAGAACAUCUAUUUGAAUGUACAAUUGGUGUUGAUAAAUUAAGUUCAAAUCGAUACCGGUUUAGAAUCUGUCACGAUAACCUCGUUGUUAUGGAUCUGGUUGCUAUUCAAAUUCAGUCAAUUGUCAAACAAGUUCAACAUCAAUAUGUCAUUGCAUUCAGUAGAUAUCUUAAACAAACUUUAUUCCAAUCAGCGGAACGAUCCGAAGUGUACUUAUAG